AUGGCAGUUAAGAGCGAAGGUAAGGGCAAAGGUGAAGCUACAGCUAAAGGAAAAGCUGAAGCAGAAGUGGCUAAAGGUAUGGCUAACCCAGUUGAAGCAGAUGACUUGGACGAUGGAUUAGACUAUCAAAUUGACUAUUCAGAGGAUGAGAAUGGUGCUGAAUCAGACGUUGAGCCUGAUCCUGAAUCAAAGCCAGGUGCUGAAUCUUCCAACAAAAAGAGAAAACUUAAAAGCUCAAAGCUUCAAGAUAAGAAGAGACUCAAGAUGGAAAUCGAUAUGAAACGAAAGAAAGACAUUGCUCGAGAGUCAUCUGUGGACUCUAUUUGUGAUUAUAUCAAUUCCAAAAUAAGAAGUAAAAAUCCCGACUUAUCUGCUUUAGAAUUGUCUUCCUUAUAUGUGGAUAAGAAUACCUUAAGAACUACAUCUGAUUUUGAAGAUCCAAGAACGUUGGAUAAUUUGGAGUCGUUCAUCACUGCAAGAUUCAAGAACAUGAUUCCCCAUACAAAGCAACACAAGAAACAAAAGAAGAAAAACAAGAAGAACGACGAUGAUCAAGACGAAAGAAAGUUCAUCGUGGUGAUGUCCAUGUCAGCCAUUAGAGCUUGUGAUGUUCAUCGUGCCACCAAAGACCUUGGAGGCUCUUCAUUGAAGGUCAUCAAUAAGAAUAAGUUGGCUGUAGAUUUGAAACUUCUUACCACAACUCAUUCCAGAGUGUUAUGCUGUACACCAGGGAGACUUUUAAAAGUGUUGAAUGCCCCAGAAAGUCCUUUGAAACCAAAUGAAAUAAAAAUCAUCAUUAUGGAUAAUACUUAUUUGGAUUCAAAGUUGCAAAAUGUAUGGGAUAUCAAGGAAACACUGGAAGCUGUAAACCAAUUGGCCAAAACAGGUUCAAAGGUAUAUUUAUAUUAG